AUGGGUAACUGCAUGCCAGGACAGGCAUUGAAUCAAGAAGACACUAAACUUGUGGUUGAUUGGGGAACUGGCGAAAGAGAAGUAUCUGUAUCAUUGAAUGACACAAUAAAAACAAUUAAAAAACGUCUCCAUUAUUUGACUGGUUAUCCCGCCGACGAACAUUUUCUUAUGUAUGAUGGCGGCUCACUUUGGCAAGAUAAUUGGGUUCUUGGAAGUUAUAAUCUUCCUAGCAAUGCCAAAAUUACUAUUCGGCGCAAUAAGACAUUCGGAAAACCUGUUAUUCGUCUUCGAUCUAUCAAUGGGCAAUCGAUUUCAAAUGUCAAUGUUCAAAUACAUCUCAAUAGUGCUUGGAAUUUUUCGAGUGUCUAUCCAGAACUAGCCCAUACUGAUGGAGUUUCAUUUGUCGAAUGGAAUAAUAUUCAAGUUCAUCCAAAUGGACAAUUAAUAAUCAAACAAAAAGAACAAGAGAUCAAUAUGACCCGUCGUUAUCCUUUGAUUGAUGAUGAACACGAGUAUCGUAUGCUCUUUUGGGAGGCAACGACCGAUCAUUUAUCAGCUUUCUCUCUCGACCAUGCUCUGUGUGUUCCACGUAGUGAUUUUGCACGUGUACUCAACUACCUUCUCAAGAAAAUGACCUUCUCAUCAGAAGAUUGUGAUGAUAUGAUCACGUAUGUUCUUCCACAUCUUGAUGAAACUGAUUCCGAACUGAGUAAGAAGAAUGUUAUUUUUCGUUUUUUGUUACCUGACGAAUAUACAAACAUGGCUCAAUUGCAUAUUCGACCGAUGC